AUGCCGAUCGUCUAUGCGCUCGUAUCACGUGAGAAGACUGUCCUGGCCGAAUAUACAGCUACAUCUGGUAAUUUUCCCACGGUAACACGUGUUCUUUUAGCUAAAAUUCCACCAUCAGAUGGCCGAAUGUCGUACGUAUAUGAUCGUCACAUUUUCCAUUAUAUCGUCCAAGACGGUAUUACUUAUCUUUGUAUGGCGGACAAUGAGCUGAAGCGACGUGUACCUUUUUUAUUCCUGGACGACAUGAAAAACCGGUUUCAAGCAACAUAUGGUGCACGUACCGUCACGGCCAUUGCAUUUGCCAUGAAUGAGGAAUUUCAACAUGAAAUUCAUCGGUUAAUGGAUUAUUACAAUACGAAUCCCGAUGCUGAUUCGCUCUCACGCGUGAAGCAGCAGAUUGAUGAUGUCAAGGACAUUAUGGUUGAAAAUAUUGACAAAGUACUGGAACGAGGGGAGAAAUUUGAAUUGUUAGUGGAUCGAACCGAUAAACUGAAUCGUCAAUCCGUGAAAUUUGAACGCUCAUCGACGAAUCUCGUAAAGAUGAUGUGGAGACGCAAUCUGAAGCUCUGGAUGCUGCUUGUGAUUACUGGACUUUUUGUCGUGUAUCUCGUCAUUUCGAUGGCUUGUGGAUUUGACUUUAGUGGCUGCUCUGGCAAGCGUGAGAACGAGUGA